CUGCGUAAAGAGAAAUUGAAUUUGUUUCGCCUAUUGGUUUAGUCGUUAUAAAUUUUUCUGGUCAUCCGUGCGAGAGUUGUUAAGUUGCAAUAAUUCAGCAUUAUCACUUAGUUUGUUUUAUUAAAUAAAUAAAUUGUCAUCGUAGUCAGUUGUACUAUUUGCUGCAUAAAUUACGUUUAGUACUUGCACGGAAAAAUCGGCGGUUUUGCAAAAGUUUAGUCUCAAAUAGUUACAUUAAUAUUAGAAAAAUGGCAGGACCACUUCCAUUCCUUUUAGAUGAACCGGCAUAUAAAAAUUUGGAGCGAUUUUAUAUGUCUACUGGCCAAAAUAUUAAUAUGACGGAACUCUUCGCUCAGGAUCCGAAUCGCUUUAAAAAGUAUAGCCUUCGCUUGAAAACUCCCAACGAUGGCGAGAUAUUGAUUGACUAUUCAAAGAACCGCAUUACAGAGGAUGUGAUGUCUCUGUUAUUUGACUUAGCAAAAGUACGUAAAGUGGCUGAAGCGCGCGAUGCCAUGUUCUCUGGACAACCCAUCAACAUUACGGAAGGUCGUGCUGUACUCCAUGUUGCACUUCGCAAUCGCGGAAAUGAAGCGAUUCUUGUCGAUUGCAAUGACGUUAUGCCGUUAGUGCGAGCGGAAUUGUCUCAUAUGAAGGAAUUCACCAAUCAGGUCCUCUCAGGUGUAUGGCGUGGCUGUACCGGAAAGCAAAUAACCGAUGUUGUUAACAUUGGUAUUGGUGGCUCCGAUUUGGGACCAUUAAUGGUAACCGAAGCCCUCAAACCUUACUGCAAGGGUCUGCGCUCACAUUUCGUUUCGAAUAUUGAUGGAACACACUUGGCGGAAGUUCUGAAACGUGUUAAUUAUGAGACAACACUGUUUAUUGUUGCCUCGAAAACAUUCACAACUCAAGAGACGAUAACUAAUGCUACCUCCGCAAAGAACUGGCUGCUCGAGCAAGUGAAAGAGCCCGCCGCCGUUGCUAAACAUUUUGUAGCGUUGUCUACGAACAAGGAGAAAGUUACUGCCUUUGGAAUCGACAGUAAGAAUAUGUUUGGAUUCUGGGAUUGGGUUGGUGGGCGUUACUCACUUUGGUCAGCUAUUGGCUUGUCUAUCUGUCUGUCAAUAGGCUUUGAAAACUUUGAGCAACUGCUUGAAGGAGGCUAUUUUCUAGAUAACCAUUUUAGAACUGCGCCAUUGGAACAAAAUGCACCUGUUAUACUAGCGCUUUUGGGUAUUUGGUAUUCAAACUUGCACAAUGCUGAGACACAUGCUCUACUUCCUUACGAUCAAUAUUUGCAUCGCUUCGCGGCCUAUUUCCAGCAGGGUGAUAUGGAAAGUAAUGGUAAAUUUGUAACCAAGACGGAUUCCAAGGUAGUCACUUACAAAACUGGCCCAAUCGUUUGGGGAGAGCCAGGCACCAAUGGUCAACAUGCUUUCUAUCAACUGAUUCAUCAAGGCACUAGGUUGAUCCCUUGCGAUUUCAUUGCAGCAGCACAGUCACAUAAUCCAAUAUCUGGAGGAGUACAUCAUAAAAUUCUUUUGGCUAAUUUCUUGGCCCAGACGGAGGCGUUGAUGCAAGGAAAAACUACAGCCCAGGCGCGUGUGGAACUCGAGAAGACUGGUUUGUCCGGUGAGAAAUUGGAAGAGCUGCUGCCACAUAAGACAUUUGUUGGUAACAGGCCCACCAACUCAAUUGUAGUGAAGAAAGUUACACCAUUCACGUUGGGCGUACUUAUUGCUUUAUACGAACAUAAAAUCUUCACACAGGGCAUAAUCUGGGAUAUUAACUCCUUUGAUCAAUGGGGUGUUGAAUUGGGUAAACAAUUGGCCAAGGCAAUUGAACCCGAAUUAGCUACACCGAGUGAAGUAACCACACACGACUCAUCCACUAAUGGGCUUAUUAGCUUCUUGAAAGCGAAUUGGUAAACUUAAUUUAAUCGCUAUAUAAAAUUUCCAUUUGAACGUACUCCAGCGCGCCACGGCAAAAUAAGACAACAGAAAGCAUUUUAAAAAGCACAAAAUAGAAAAAAAUUACAAGAAAAUCUAGACACAAGUAUGAAGUAGGAAUGUCGCUGGAGCGUAAGUUUUAGAUAUAAUUUCCAGCAAUUUGUUUAGUCACUAUAAAAAACAUUCAAACUGCAAUCUUUAUUUAUUAGAUUGUGAUACAAAUUGAAUUUAGAAUAGUUUUCAACUUUAUUGAAGGCCAAUUUGGAACCAAUUUAGUGAGAAAAUUAAAAAUGUUGAAGACACAAAGUCA